AUGCGAUCCUCGUCCUCGCACGCCCAUCAGUGGAUGGUUCUGCCCAACAUCCUCGUGUUCGUCCUUCUGGCUUUGACCAAAACCGCCAUCGGCGAUCCAUUCCCGCCAGCUACGCUCGACUCUGGACCCAACCUUCCCACGGCGCCGAUCCAGCCCUGCACCACCGAUGGAUCCUGUGCCGGAGUCCUUCGUCUCAGCAGCUUUGGAGGCAAUGGUGGAGCAACCGACAUGAUCUAUGUCGGAUCGCAUGACCUCUCUCCAUCAAAUGUCUACCACAAUGUCACCACCGUCGUCCUGACAUUCCACGGAGCAGCGUGCGAUGCCUACAACUACUACUCGAUCCUCGUUGACGUCGCUCAGAACACCACCGGCGUCGACCUGAACACCCAUGCCUUCUUUGUGCCGCUGUUCCCGGUCAAGAGCACCACUCAAGCAUAUACAUGGGGAGUGCCCCAAGGCGGCCUCAACCUGGCUGUCUUCUCGGCCAGUACAAAGUGGUCGACAGGCGACGUUGCAGACAACAACAAUGCCAUGACAUCGUUUGACAUGGUCGACGCCUUCCUGGCAACCAUCGCUCAGGCCUUUCCGUCAGCCAAGAUUGUCUUGGCAAGCCACAGCGCCGGCGCUCAGCUCGUUCAUCGAUACUCGCUCUUCACGGAUCCACAAACAUUCUCAAAAUACCAAGUCAUCCUGGCCAACUCUGGGACCUACACCUACCAGUCCAACCACCGUCUGACCCAGGCUGCGCUGCUUUCCUGCCAAGACCAGUCCUGCCUCGGCACCCUCAAUGCCUCGUCGUUUGAGCCGUACUCCAACUCGGCCUGUUCCGAUGCCAACUCGUUCCCGUAUGGUCUCGACAACUUGUCCGGGCCAUAUGUGACGUCACACCUGGGCAACGCUCACCAGGGACCCAGUCUGCGUUGUCUCAAGCAGACGAUGCUCUUGGGAUCCAAGGACACGCUGAGGACGACCGCAAAUCCGCCGCUGGAUAUGACCUGCGGGGCAGAUGCCGAGGGAUACGUCCGCAUCGAGCGAGGACUGGCAUAUGCCGCCUACUUUGACUACAUCGUCGGCUGCAACACCAUGGACGUGCACAUCGUCGACGGCUGCUACCAUGACGCCUGGUGCAUGCUCAGCAGCCCGAUCGCCAAGAGCCUCACCUUUGGAGUCCCACUUGCUUGA